AUGCUAUCUGGAAAGGGGUACAGCUGCAUCUGUCAAAGUCCAGAUUCACCCUUGGAAGCUCAGUGCCCGGAGCCCCGGAAUGAUACUCAAGCAUUCAACAUUGCCUUGUCCAUGGAAGAUUGGUCAGCCGAAACCCAGCAUACAUUUUCGACCUCCAACUACGGGCGGCGAGCUACUUUGCUCUUGUACUUGCUCCCGCUCCUGCAUCGGAAUCCCGAAGCUGUACCCCUUGUCGUCUUCUACUUUGUAACCCCGGUGUGGGACAGAAAGCGUCGCGUGGAGGCUUCAAGCCUUGAUGAAUGA